AUGCCAACCAAACGAAGUCUCCAUCAGUACGGCGACAUCCCUCACGCUCCGCUGAGCGCAUUCAUAGGCAAGCUGGAAAUUUGUCGUCAGUUCAAGGAACUUGACUUCGACGACAUGCCAUCAAUACCUGAAGUGCCACUCAUGGACUUAGAAGAUGUUGACGAGAUAUCUCCCCAGCAAAGUUGCACGACCCUUGUAAGCAACUCUAAGAAGGCUGGGUACAAAGACGUGUGGGUGCAAGCCUACACAGACCAGCAGACAGCAUUUGAGACAGCAAAUGUCAGCAUGGUUCACGUGAACCUGGUCGAUGAUGAGGGCGGUCUGAUGGCCCUCAUUCAAUGGCCCCUUGCGACUCCAGAAUCAAACUCUGCACUGGCCUAUUCAAAUCUAUGCAAUAGCUCGAGAGAGAUUCUCUGGAGCCACCCCAUGGACUAUGAGAUUCUUCAGAUUCCCGCCAUCGACCUCCGUAUGUUCUCAAGCGCGGAAGCUUUUGGUUGGCGAAAGGCAAGUGUGGAAAGUAUUUUACACUCUGGAUUGUACGACCGCUUCGUGGCUUGCAAAUUCUCCCUAGUCACAAAACUGGGAAGCUUUCCAGUGCAGGCUCUCUUACGAUGUGUUCCAUAUUCUCAUCGUCCCGAGACCGGAGAUAAGGAAGCUGACAAGAAGCAAUUAGUCGACUUCCUCACUCAGCCGCGUCUAUCAUUCUACGGAAAGAAGGCGGACUGGACGAGCAAAACGAAUGCCGAUAUCAUCAGCACUACUACAGAUGCAUACAUUGCGCUUGGGGAUGCUGAUUGGUAUGCUAGCACAGAGUCCUCAAAAGUUAAGCGCGUACUCGUUUGCGCUUGUUUGCUUGGAUUGACAGCUCGUGUGAACGACAAUCAUACCGCUGCUAAUGGGUUCUCCAUGUCUGGCAGUACGAAUUCCGCAGACACGGUUCUGACAAAGGAGGACUGGAUCUACGCCGACGCCGCGCAGGUUCUCCCUGUGUUCGAGAUUCAAUUCGAAUGGCGCCCCGAAAAAAAAUAUCAGCUUCAGAUGUACGCAGUGCAUGCGAGUGCCCUUCUCUCGGGCCGUGCCCGCGAAAACAAAGCUCCAGAGUGGUGUUGCGUGCUGUAA